CCACUACUACCAAGCUAAACCAUGAGCCAAGGCCAACCACGGCGAGGCGAGAUCUCAAUCGGAGGCCAGGAGCCGAUCAAGUACGGCGAUGUCUUCGAAGUGAGCGGGGAGCUGGCUGGAGAGGUCGUGAAGCCGGAGGAUGCGGCGAUGAUGCAAGCCGCCGAGACGGUGGGCUUAGGGCACACUCAGCCUGGAGGACCAGCAGCAGUGAUGCAAUCGGCUGCUAAGGAGAACGAGCUCGCCGGGAUCGUCUCUCACGGUGAAGCCAGUGAUCUCACUGCUCAGCUCGGCGUCUCCGUCACCGAUUCUCACCUCCCUGGCCUUCACCAAGUCACCGAGUCCGUUGCCGGCCAGGUGGUGGCACAAUAUCCAUCACCAGCGCCACCAUCACCACCAGCAGGAGGAGCUCCAAGGACAAACAUUAGAGAUGUGAUCUCAAUUGGAGAGGCAUUGGAGGCAGUUGCAUUUACAGCCGGCGACAAGCCAGUGUCGAGGAGUGACGCAGCUGCCAUUCAGGCCGCCGAGGCUAGAGUCACAGGCGGCGCUGUGGCAGUUUCUGGUGGACUUGCCGCAGAAGCUCAGGCAGCUGCAUCUGCUAAUGAGUUGACCAUGAGCAAUGAGAACAAGAUCACUCUCUCUGAUGUUUUAUCAGAUGCUAGUAGGAAGCUUGUGGGGGGAGACAAGGAAGCAACAAGGGAGGAUGCAGAGAGAGUGGUAGGAGCUGAGAUGAGGAACAAUCCGGCCAUGGUCACCCACCCUGGUGGUGUUGCUGACACUGUUGCUUCUGCUGCCAGGCUCAAUCAGGAGAUUUAUCCUUAGCAGCUGCAUGCAUGUGUUUAGACUUUAGAGGUGUCCUUAGCUCGAUCAGUGCAUUAUAUAUAUUAUAUAUAUACUGCAGCUAUUAGAUCUAUAUAUAUGUGUGUGUUACUUUUUAGAUUGUUGUCUGUGAGUUGAGUUUUGUAAAUAAUAAUAAUAAUAACUACUGGGGGUCAUCAAGUUCUGUUGAUCUUAGUUUUGUAAAGAAAAUAAACCAAUGUUUACAUGUUCUACGGAGAUAUAUAGUUAUAAUAUGAACUUAACUUUAUAUGUAUGUGGUUGUAACUUUGUAAUAAUAAUUAAUCUUCUGGUUAUUUUAUUUUAAAUUUUAUUUUUA